UUUGUGAUCGGAAAAGUUGAGCUAGUGCUGUUGGAUGUUGCUGAUCAGGCAUGGUCGAAUCUGUAAGCAAGCAACCGCAUGCUAAUAACCACCACCACAGCAUAUAAAAGCAGACGCGAUGGUAGGAGUCAGGAUCAGGUCCAUUACGCUCUUUAGAUCAAGAUGACUAAUCGCCAGAGCUCUAAAUGGCUACAUCUGGCAGAGCAGGCGGAAGGAUUGUAUAUUCACAACACAAGACGCUUACACCACAUCUCACAACAGCUUGCUUCUCCCCAGACUCAAUUACCGUCAAUGAUAGUUUUUCUAGGCAAUAAACACAAAGAUACUGCCCUGCGUGCCUUGUUUCCUGAUAAUACAAUCUUGUCCAGACAACCAUACCUUCAAUUAGAUGUAGAUAGCCGAACUACAUUCGCUGAGCAUCCAAUGCUCUUCUCUCAUUUUGAUUUGAAUCUCGAGCUUCGAAAUGUGAGAUGUGACUUUGAUAAUUGUGAGAAUAUACAAUUUUCACCACACAUUGUCGGUCGCUAUAGAGGCUUUGAUAUCCUUCUAAAUCGGACCAUCUUCUUAUUCACAGAUGUGAUCUGUAUCUUUGCUGAUGACAUUGGUGGCCUUGACGCUGUACGAGCGUUGCUGACAAGGUGGGCAUUGGUGGGCCGCAAUGCGUCGAGUUUAGACUACCGUCCACGUAUUUUGAUUGUCUUGGAACCAGAAACUGGGAGUAUAACCCAUGAGCUCCUGGAUGAAAGUGAUUUUCUCUUCUCCUUGAUGCAAGACCGCAAUAUUAGUGAGGUUUUUGCGACACCUGUUUUUCAUCGCCUAUCGGGAAAACCGCUAUCAAAUGUUUCACAACAUUGUUCCUUGAAAGAUGAUUUAUUUAAAUUGACCGAUUUUAGUCGCCGAGAUAGACGACAAGAUUGCUACCUUUUUUCUACAACGCACAUGGCCACUUUCUUUGAGUUAUCUCUACACCAUACCAGUCAGGCACCACAGGUUCCUCUAGAUUUUAUUCGGAUUGACAAGGGCAGACCUGAAAUAAGUCAGUCUCAUAGCUAUCAUCUACGCAACUUUCUAGUUCUCACGAAGAAAAGAGGGUGGACUACCGAAGCUCAAGCAGCUAUCAUUGCGUCUGCACUUUUAGUCGAUGCUUAUCCUCCUGGGUCGCACAGUAAGUGAAGGAAGUGCUGAGCACCUGAGACAAGACUAAACUCAGUAGACUUCAGUCCGGCAGCAGUGUUCGAUACUUUAUAUCGCAGGGCAUGUCAGGAGGCUCUGAUCUCAGCAGAGAUUUCUGCAAGCUGUCAGGCAAUUGAAUAUCAAC